AUGAAAGACUGUGCACCAGGACCCCAUGCUUUUCUGCUGGUGCUCAGAGUGGAGAGGUUCACAGCACAGGAGCAGCAUGUGGUUGAUUAUAUACUGAAAUAUUUCUCUGAGGAAGCUCUGAAAUACACCACUGUGGUUUUCACUCAUGGAGACAAUCUUGAUGAUGGGCAGAAGAUUGAAGAUUGGUAUCAUCAGAUUGAAGCUCUGAGGUCCCUGGUCCAGAAGUGUGGAGGUCGCUGUCACGUGUUUGAUAAUAAAUACUGGAACAACAGCGAGGAUACAUACAGGAACAACACAUAUCAGACCACACAGCUGCUGCAGACCAUUGACCGCACUGUGGAGAAGAAUGAGGGAGGAUUCUACGACAACAAACGCCUGGAAAAUCCCACUUCAUUCUUCAGAAGGAUACUGAAGGAGGAACAGAAGAAGGUCGCCAGGCUCCAGGAUCUGGUUGAUAAGCUUCAGCUCAAGGUGAACUCUCACAGGAGACAGGCAGAGGAAGCAGUAAGAACAUUACCACAUCUCAUCAAAGCCAAGGGUGAGAAAACAACCGCCACCAUGAGUACGGACGCGGAGAUGCAGAUUUAUGGCAAGGCGGCCGUCUACCUCCGUAAACCAGAGAGGGAGAGGAUUGAGGCUCAAAGUGCUCCCUUUGAUGCCAAGAGUGCCUGCUACGUGGCUGAUGUCAAGGAGUUGUACCUCAAGGGUACAAUUGUCAAGAAGGACGGUGGCAAAGUCACAGUCAAGGUCUUGGACACUCAGGAGGAGAGAACAGUUAAAGAAGAUGACGUCACUCCCAUGAAUCCUCCCAAGUACGACAAAAUUGAGGACAUGGCCAUGAUGACCCACCUCAAUGAAGCCUCUGUGCUUUAUAACCUCAAAGAGCGUUAUGCAGCAUGGAUGAUCUACACCUACUCUGGGCUGUUCUGUGCGACUGUCAACCCCUACAAGUGGCUGCCAGUGUACGACAUGGAAGUCGUUAAUGCCUACAGAGGCAAGAAGCGUAUGGAGGCUCCACCCCACAUCUUCUCCGUCUCUGACAACGCUUAUCAGUUCAUGCUUUGUGAUAGGGAGAACCAGUCUGUCUUGAUCACCGGAGAAUCUGGUGCUGGAAAGACUGUGAACACCAAGCGUGUCAUUCAGUACUUUGCCACAAUCUCUGUUGGUGGUGGUGAGAAAAAACAGACUUCAAAGAUUCAAGGUUCCCUGGAGGAUCAGAUUAUUGCAGCCAACCCACUGCUGGAGGCUUAUGGUAAUGCCAAGACUGUGAGAAAUGACAACUCCUCUCGUUUUGGUAAAUUCAUCAGAAUUCAUUUCGGCACAACUGGUAAACUGGCUAGUGCUGAUAUUGAAACUUAUCUGCUGGAGAAGUCUAGAGUGACAUACCAGCUUGAACAGGAGAGAGGCUACCACAUCUUCUUCCAGAUGAUGACCAACCACAAGCCUGAGAUCAUUGAAAUGUGUCUCAUUACAUCCAACCCAUACGACUUCCCCAUGUGCAGCAUGGGUCAAAUUGCUGUUGCUAGCAUUGAUGACAAAGAGGAGCUGGAUGCAACUGACAAUGCCAUUGACAUCCUGGGCUUCAACGGUGAAGAGAAGAUAAGCAUCUACAAAACGACAGGUGCUGUCCUCCACCACGGAAACAUGAAGUUCAAGCAAAAGCAGCGUGAGGAGCAGGCUGAACCUGAUGGCACUGAGGAUGCUGACAAGGUUGCUUACCUGCUGGGUCUGAACUCUGCGGACAUGCUGAAGGGUUUGUGCUACCCCAGAGUCAAGGUCGGAAAUGAGUAUGUCACCAAGGGACAGACAGUGCCACAGGUGAUGAAUUCUGUACCUGCCCUGGCCAAGUCCAUCUAUGAAAAGUUGUUCUUGUGGAUGGUCAUCCGUAUCAACCAGAUGCUGGACACCAAGCAACAGAGAAACCAUUACAUUGGUGUCUUGGACAUUGCCGGCUUUGAAAUCUUUGAUUUCAAUACCUUGGAGCAGCUGUGCAUUAACUUCACCAAUGAGAAACUGCAACAGUUCUUUAACCACACCAUGUUCGUCCUGGAGCAAGAGGAGUACAAGAAGGAGGGUAUUAUCUGGGAGUUCAUUGAUUUCGGCAUGGACUUGGCAGCCUGCAUUGAGCUGAUUGAAAAGCCCAUGGGCAUCUUUGCCAUCCUUGAAGAGGAGUGCAUGUUCCCCAAAGCCUCAGAUACAACCUUCAAGAACAAGCUGUAUGAUCAACAUCUGGGCAAGAACAAGGCGUUUGAGAAGCCUAAACCAGCCAAGGGCAAGAUUGAGGCCCACUUCUCCCUGGUGCACUAUGCUGGAACUGUGGACUACAACAUUGCUGGCUGGCUGGACAAGAACAAGGACCCCCUGAACGAGUCUGUUAUCCAGCUGUACCAGAAAUCUUCGGUCAAACUUAUGCCUAUUCUGUAUCCCCCGACUGUUGAAGAGCCCAAAGGAGGCAAGGGAGGCAAGAAGAAGGGUGGCUCCAUGCAAACUGUGUCCUCACAGUUCAGGGAGAAUUUGGGCAAGCUGAUGACUAACUUGAGGAGCACCCAUCCUCACUUUGUGCGUUGCCUGAUUCCAAACGAGUCUAAGACUCCAGGUUUGAUGGAGAACUUCCUGGUCAUCCACCAGCUUAGGUGCAAUGGUGUACUGGAGGGAAUCAGAAUCUGCAGGAAGGGUUUCCCCAGCAGAAUUAUGUAUGCUGACUUCAAGCAGAGAUACAAGGUACUGAAUGCUGGUGUUAUCCCUGACGGUCAGUUCAUGGACAACAAGAAGGCUUCAGAGAAGCUUCUGGGAUCCAUUGAUGUCAACCAUGAUGAGUAUAAAUUUGGACACACUAAGGUGUUCUUCAAAGCUGGUCUGUUGGGUGUUCUUGAGGAGAUGAGAGAUGAAAAACUUGCAAGUCUUGUCACAAUGACACAGGCUCUGUGCCGUGGAUACGUCAUGAGAAGGGAAUAUGUGAAGAUGACAGAGAGAAGGCAUGUGUACUAUAAGAUCAAGCCCCUCCUGAAGAGUGCUGAGACUGAGAAGGAACUUUCCAAUAUGAAGGAGAAUUAUGAGAAGAUGACCAAUGACUUGGCUGCAGCGCUGGCCAAGAAGAAGGAGCUUGAGGAGAAGAUGGUUUCCCUUCUGCAGGAAAAGAACGACCUCCAGAUGCAAGUGUCUUCUGAAGGAGAGUGUCUUGCAGAUGCUGAGGAGAGGUGCGAGGGUCUUAUCAAAAGUAAGAUUCAGCAGGAGGCAAAACUCAAGGAAACAACUGAGAGACUGGAGGAUGAAGAAGAGAUCAAUGCUGAGCUCACAGCCAAGAAAAGGAAGUUGGAAGAUGAAUGCUCAGAGCUCAAGAAAGAUAUUGAUGAUCUGGAGCUUACCUUGGCCAAAGUGGAGAAAGAGAAGCAUGCCACUGAGAACAAGGUGAAGAACCUGACAGAGGAGAUGGCUUCUCAGGAUGAGAGCAUUGCCAAGCUCACUAAAGAAAAGAAGGCGCUCCAAGAGGCUCACCAGCAGACACUGGAUGACCUGCAGGCAGAGGAAGACAAAGUCAACACUCUUACCAAGGCUAAGACUAAGCUUGAGCAACAAGUUGAUGAUCUUGAAGGUUCAUUGGAGCAGGAGAAGAAGCUCCGUAUGGACCUGGAGAGAGCCAAGAGGAAGCUGGAGGGUGACCUGAAACUUGCUCAGGAAUCCAUAAUGGAUCUUGAGAAUGACAAGCAGCAGUCUGAGGAGAAAAUUAAAAAGAAAGACUUUGAGACCAGUCAGCUUCUCAGCAAGAUUGAGGAUGAGCAGUCUCUGGGAGCACAGCUUCAGAAGAAGAUUAAGGAGCUUCAGGCCCGUAUUGAGGAGCUAGAGGAAGAGAUUGAGGCUGAGCGGGCUGCUCGUGCCAAGGUUGAGAAGCAGAGAGCAGAUCUGUCCAGGGAACUUGAAGAGAUCAGUGAGAGGCUGGAAGAAGCCGGCGGUGCCACUGCUGCUCAGAUUGAGAUGAACAAGAAGCGCGAGGCUGAGUUCCAGAAGCUCCGUCGUGACCUUGAGGAGGCCACUCUGCAGCAUGAAGCCACUGCUUCUGCUCUGCGCAAGAAGCAGGCAGACAGUGUUGCUGAGCUGGGAGAGCAGAUUGAUAACCUCCAGCGAGUCAAGCAGAAGCUUGAGAAGGAAAAGAGUGAAUACAAGAUGGAGAUUGAUGACCUCUCCAGCAACAUGGAGGCUGUGGCUAAAGCUAAGGGAAAUCUUGAAAAGAUGUGCCGUACCCUUGAGGACCAACUUAGUGAGCUGAAGACAAAGAAUGAUGAAAAUGUUCGCCAAAUCAAUGACCUUGGAGGACAAAAAGCCCGUCUCCUCACAGAGAAUGGUGAGUUUGGCCGCCAAAUCGAGGAGAAGGAAGCCCUGGUCUCUCAGCUGACAAGAGGUAAACAGGCUUUCACACAGCAGAUUGAGGAGACCAAGAGGUUAAUUGAAGAGGAAGUCAAGGCCAAGAAUGCCCUUGCUCAUGGACUCCAGUCAGCUCGUCACGAUUGCGAUCUGCUCAGGGAACAGUUUGAAGAGGAGCAGGAGGCCAAGGCUGAACUUCAGCGUGGUAUGUCUAAGGCCAACAGCGAGGUUGCUCAGUGGAGAGCCAAGUAUGAAACUGAUGCUAUCCAGCGCACUGAGGAGCUUGAGGAAUCCAAAAAAAAGCUUGCUCAACGGCUCCAAGAGGCCGAGGAGCAGAUUGAGGCAGUCAACUCCAAGUGUGCUUCUCUGGAGAAGACCAAACAGAGGUUGCAGAGUGAGGUUGAGGAUCUCAUGAUUGAUGUGGAGAGAGCUAAUGGUCUCGCUGCCAACCUUGAUAAGAAGCAGAGGAACUUCGACAAGGUCCUGGCUGAAUGGAAGCAGAAGUUUGAAGAGGGUCAGGCAGAGCUUGAGGGAGCUCAAAAGGAGGCCCGCUCAAUGGGAACUGAGCUUUUCAAGAUGAAGAACUCCUAUGAAGAAUCUCUUGACCAGCUGGAGACCAUGAAGCGUGAAAACAAGAACUUGCAGCAGGAGAUCUCUGACUUGACUGAGCAGAUUGGUGAGACUGGCAAGAACAUCCAUGAAUUGGAGAAGUCCAAGAAACAGGUUGAAACAGAAAAGUCUGAAAUCCAGACUGCCCUUGAGGAGGCUGAGGGAACUCUUGAACAUGAAGAGUCUAAGAUCCUUCGUGUUCAGCUGGAGCUUAAUCAAGUGAAGGGUGAGGUUGACAGGAAGCUGGCAGAAAAAGAGGAGGAAAUGGAACAGAUCAAGAGGAACAGCCAGAGGGUUAUUGACUCCAUGCAAGGCACUCUGGACUCUGAGGUCAGAAGCAGAAAUGAUGCCCUCAGAAUCAAGAAGAAGAUGGAGGGAGACUUGAAUGAGAUGGAGAUUCAGCUUAGCCAUGCCAAUCGUCAGGCUGCAGAGUCCCAGAAACAGCUGAGAAAUGUGCAGACACAGCUCAAGGAUGCCCAACUGCACCUUGAUGAUGCAGUGAGAGCUCAGGAGGACUUCAAAGAACAAGCUGCUAUGGUGGAGCGCAGAAAUGGCCUGAUGUUGGCGGAAAUUGAGGAACUCAGGGCUGCUCUGGAACAGACAGAAAGAGGACGCAAAGUCGCUGAACAGGAGCUGGUCGAUGCCAGCGAACGUGUUGGACUUCUGCAUUCUCAGAACACAAGUCUGCUGAACAGCAAGAAAAAGCUUGAAACUGAUCUGGUUCAGGUCCAGAGUGAAGUUGAUGACACUAUUCAGGAAGCAAGAAACGCUGAGGAGAAGGCCAAGAAGGCCAUCACUGAUGCUGCCAUGAUGGCCGAGGAGCUGAAGAAGGAGCAGGACACCAGUUCUCAUCUUGAGAGGAUGAAGAAGAAUCUUGAAGUUAAUGUUAAGGACCUGCAGCACCGUCUGGAUGAGGCUGAGAAUCUGGCCAUGAAGGGCGGCAAGAAGCAGCUCCAGAAACUGGAAUCAAGGGUGCGUGAGCUGGAGACAGAGGUGGAAAAUGAACAGAGACGUGGAGUAGAUGCUAUUAAGGGUGUCCGCAAAUACGAGAGAAGAGUCAAGGAGCUCACCUACCAGACUGAAGAGGACAAGAAGAAUGUCGCCAGGCUCCAGGAUCUGGUUGAUAAGCUGCAGCUGAAGGUGAAGUCUUACAAGAGGCAGGCAGAAGAAGCGGAGGAGCAGGCCAACCAGCAUCUGUCCAAGAACAGAAAGAUUCAGCAUGAGCUGGAGGAGGCUGAGGAGCGUGCAGACAUCGCUGAGUCCCAGGUUAACAAGCUGAGAGUCAAGAGCCGUGACUCUGGCAAGAACACUCCGGCCAUUAAGGGCAGAGGAAGCUCUGGAAACUGGAGUCUAGGCACCCUGCACAGAAUAAAGUGUGUGGAGGACCCUUGGGGAGUAGCUGAAGAAGUGUUCCUGCUCGUGAAGGAGCAGAAGAGCCACCUGGCUCCACCUCCGUCUACUCCUCAGUCUUCAUCCUCACAAUGA